UUUAUUUCCAGCCACCUGUGCCCAGAAUAACAAUUUUCUGCCCGAAAAAUUGGUGCUGGCAGGCCGUCAGGGACUCGCUUUCCCGGGACCCUCUCGACCUGUUGGGAAGGGGUCCGGGUCUCCAGAGGGGCAGAUCUGAAGGGAUGUGCCCCUAGUGGGAAGAGGCACGAGAAACAAACACGGGAGCAUCCGUUCAGCUGAUCGCAUUAGGGCUUCUCGCUGCUGCUGCUGCCACUCAGCUCUCUGCCGAUGCAGCCAUCCGUGCGCUUGGACAAACACCCAGGCAGAGGGAAUGGGUAGGUCUGGAAACGUCGGCAGCUGCAGAAGGCUGCAGAGCUCUGCUGUGAAGCAGCCUUAGAGGAGAGGCUGCUUCCCCGGGCAGGGGAGCGUUAUGAAACACGAGCGCACUGGCUGUGCUUGAGGAUUUUGGCAGCGCAGGCGGACGCCGCUUCCAUCCUGCCUGUUGGCGCAGGAGGCCAUGGAGCGGCUCCCUCCGGCCGGCUCCCGCAGGGCGCAGGACCCCGGCGCCCCGGCCCGGUGAGCCGCAGGGACCCCGGAGAGCCGCAGGGACCCCGGAGAGCCGCAGGGACCUCUCGAGGGACACGGCGGCAGCGGUUUCAGCAUUGGCUGUUCGGCAGCUCGGCAGGGCACGAUGAAGGCAUCGCCCCAGGAGCCCACGGAGCCCCUGGGCCAGCCAGGCGCCUGAGGCUGGCAGCAGUGCCACACCAGGCUGGUUUCUGCUGCAGCCAUCUGGGAAGAAGCUUUUCAUCAGGAGAAGGCACCGAAGUGAUGGGCUGAACUUAUGGGAGGAAUGAGUGUCUGGCCAGGCGAAGAUUUGGAGGCCUGUUGGGAAGCGUGAAGGGCCAGUUUCAAUAAGGGCAUGGCCAAAGCUUUCUUCAGGCUACAGAAGUUUCUCCGUCGGAUCCAGUUUCUGCUCUUCUUCCUCACAGCAGCUUACCUGAUGGCUGGCAGCCUCUUGCUACUGCAGCGGACCCGCUUGGUUCUCCAGCAAGGUUCACGCGGGACCCCCACUAACCAGGCCCUGCCCGUGCCGGAGGAGAUGAGCAGGGUUGGGAUCAUAGACCCCAGGGCCCUGCAGAACCCCCCCGGCCCCAGGCUGCUGGUGGGCCUGGAUGCGCUGCAGGAGCCAGCCCUGGAGCAGCGGCACAGCCCGCACUGGCUCACGUCCCGCAACUCGGAGCUCAGGCAGCUGAGGAGAAGGUGGUUUCACAGGUUCACCAGCGACCAGGAGCCCCUGCAGACAGCAGGAUUUAAAGCAAUGAAGCACACUGUUGAACACAAAGGCACCUACAUGGGCUGCUUCACUCAUGAUUCGAGGGAGAGGACACUGAAGGGAGCUGUCUUUUAUGACUUAAGAAAAAUGACAGUAGCUCACUGUCAAGAAGCUUGUGCUGAGAGAGCUUACAGCUACGCAGGGCUGGCAUACGGAGCAGAGUGCUACUGUGGGAACACGCUGCCAGCUGCAGCCGCCAAGCCCGAGGAGUGCAACAGCGAGUGCAAGGGGGAGAAGGGCGCCGUGUGCGGGGGGGUGAACCGGCUCUCGGUCUACGGCGUGGAGCAGCUGCGGGCAGCAGCCAGGCCACGGAGGAAUGUUAUCUAUCGUGGAUGUUUUAGAGCUCCAGAAAAUUUAACAGACACCUUUCCAGCCUCUUUGAUACAGCCCAAUUUGACGGUGGAGAUGUGCUCUGAAUUUUGCUCCAAGAAAGAGUUCCCGCUGGCAGUGAUCCGAGGGCAGGAAUGCUACUGUGGAUACCCCACCAGGCGCUUCUCGCUGCACGAGGGCACGGCCGGGCGGCACUGCAGCGGGACCCACAAUGCCAGCAGCACUGCUGGGGGAGAGUACUGCCUGGUCUACCAGACACCUGUGCAAGACACCCGCUGCACGGACAGGAAAUUCUUAACAACCAAAUCCAAAGUGUUUGUUGCUUUGUCAAGCUUUCCUGGGGCUGGGAAUACGUGGGCACGCCACCUGAUAGAGCACGCCACAGGAUACUACACAGGAAGUUAUUACUUUGAUGGAGCCCUCUACAACAAAGGUUUUAAAGGAGAAAAAGACCACUGGAGAAGUAGAAGGACCAUCUGUGUGAAAACACAUGAAAGUGGCAAGACAGAGAUUGAAAUGUUCGACUCAGCAAUCCUGCUGAUAAGGAACCCAUACAAAUCACUGAUGGCAGAGUUCAACAGAAAAUACGCUGGGCAUCUGGGCUAUGCCACUGACCGCAACUGGAAGAGCAAAGAGUGGCCGGAUUUUGUGAACAGCUAUGCCUCCUGGUGGGCCUCCCAUGUCCUGGAGUGGCUGAAGUAUGGGAAGCGCCUGCUCGUUGUCCAUUAUGAGGACCUGAAGCAGAGCCUCAUCCCCAAGCUGAAGGAGAUGGUGGAGUUUCUGAACGUGACAGUGACAGAGGACCGGCUGCUCUGUGUGGAGAACAACAGGGACGGGAAUUUCAAGCGGUCUGGUGCUAAGCAAAAGAAUUUUGAGCCAUUCACCCAGGAAAUGAAAGCUCUUAUCAACAGAUACAUCCUGACAGUGGACGAAGCCCUAAGGGGAAGAAACUUCUCAGGGCUGCCCAGGGAAUAUGUGCCAAGAUGAUAGGCUGGUAUCACACUGCUGUGGUUAAAAUUAAGUUUUUUUGUGGUUUGUUUUUUUUUUUUUUCUUAAAAAACAGACAAAAAGCCAAACAAAAAAACCCCACAAACAAACAAAAAGAAAAAAAGAAAAAAGAAGAAAAAAAAAAAAAAAAAAAAAAAGAAGAAGAAGACCAGACCUCUUUAGCAGUUAUAGCAAAGAUACUUGUGA